AUGGCUGCCACCGUCGUUGCGACGUGGCGACUCAGAAGUACGUCCGUUAAAGCAGAUGCUGUGCUGCAGGACAUGCUGACACCCAUGCUGAAGAUGAUACAAGGCUUGCUGGAUGACUUGCGAUGCGCUUCGGACCGCAUCAAGCAAAGCUCCAAUGUCUUGGACAUUCGGCAUGGUGCAGGCAAAGUCGCUCAAACUGCACGCAGUGUCCUGGACCUUUUACACACACGUUUUGGAGAAGCAAUUGGACCUGCCUUGGGGUUUUGGAGCGGUCUUGGCCCUCACAGGGCAUUUGGCAAGAUGCAGGCUAUCCUGGACCGCUGUUCGGCAGAUGACUCCCCGAUAAGCAUCCAGAUCAGAGUCCAGCACCUGUUGAGGCUGGCAAGUGCCGUCCAGGACGCCGACGAAGGACAGCUUCGCCGUAUGCGCAAAUUCCAGAGCCCGGAGUAUUCGAAGAAGUUCGCGAAUCUCCAGGAGCAGCGCAGAGCAGCAGCAGACGAAAUGGAAGCCAAGCGGAGGCGCAGAAUAGAGGACCGGAGAAACAAGAAGGUCGCAGAGCUGAUCAAGAGGAGUGACCGGGUGCAGAAGAGGCAGGCAUUGCAAGAAUGGCGGAUAUGGGCAGCUGAGAUGAUUGCCGCCGAGGAAUCGAGACGGCUUGCAGAAGCUGAGGCGCAGCAAGCAGAAGCAGAGGCAGAGAAAGCACAAAAAAGAGAGCAGAACAAGAAAAGAAAGGAGGAGUGGAAGCAGAAGGAGAAGCAACAAAGAAGAGAGGCCAAGAUGCAGCAGUCCCAGAUUGAACCUCAAGAGACGAGUUCGGCGACAUCGACUGCCUCUCCCAUGAAAGCCGCGAAGCUCAAAGCGCUCAAAGCGUCUCCGGCUUCGAAGCCGACGGUGACAACCACUGCUCCCGCACAGCUCAAGACGAUGGCAGAUCACACAGAGACGGUCCAAGAGCCAACGUUGAGCUGCAGUGACGGGGAUCACUUCGUCAACAAGCUGCGUGUUCGAAUGAGUCUCCUGGACCGCAUGUCGGAAGCAGAGCUUGGUGCGCAGUUGGAAACGGUGCUAAUGGCUGGCCCGAACAUCUCGCAAGCUUUGCGUCGUCUUUUCUCAGACUAUGUUACGGUGCACCGCACCGAGAAGGACAAGAUUCUCACCGAUGCCAUAGCGCAGGUGUGCGAUUUCGACGCCAUGCCUGACUCGUGGGGUUUAGGUCUCAUGGACUGGAGCUGUCGGCAGGGGACGGACGGCUGGGCGGCCGUGCGAAACAAAGCCAAGAAAGCUCGGACACGGCUCCAACGCAUCAUGGCCGAUUUCCUGAUCUCUCGCUUCAGCACGGAGGUGGCUGAUCUCUCGCCUCCCCAGCCUGCCACUCACAUGUCUCCGAAGGUCUCUGAAUGCCAUGACGGGCACAUUGCGCUGCGCCGCUGGUCGCGCCACAAGCAGACGACUCGCCGAAAGGAGCUCCCGAAGGUCUUCCGUCGGCCGUGCGCUGCGCCGCAGGAGUUGGGACAGUUCCGUCGCCUUCCGGUGCAGUAUCUAGAGGCCAAGGAGGCUUCCAUGAUGGACCGACCGGAUCGUUGUAAGUGGUACAAAUCGAAGGAGCAUCCCGCCUUCAUGAUUGCUGGCAAGGCUGUGCUCGGCUGCUCUCCGGAGAGCUCCCUGGAGCAGCUGAAGAAGGCCUACCACGAGAAGCUCCGAGAGCCAAGGUUCCACCCGGACAAGCGGCCGUGGAGUGCAGGGGGCUAUGGCCAGAACGUGACUCAGUCGCUGAAUGAGGCCUGGGAGGCUCUACGAUUCCCGGCUCUCCGCGAGGCAUAUGACGUCAUCUGGCGCAGAGAAAAGGCGCCGCCGGAGCCUCCUCCGCGGCGAGACCGUAGCAGCAGCAGGAGGAGGCCUGAACCGGCUGAACCUGCUGAAGCUGCUGAACCUGAGAGGGCCAAGCAGACGCCAGAGAAGCCGGAGCACCAGGAGGAGGCCAGGGCCAAGGCAGAAGCCAAGCUGCAGGCGGAAGCUCUGCGGAGCGAAGGCAACGAGCUCUAUCGGCAGGCGCAGGCCAUGCUCCGGGAGGCAGGCGAUGAUGCUGACAGCCUUCCGGACCGCAUGGCUGCCAUGCAAAAGUUUCGCAUCGCUAUCAAGAAGUACAGCGAUGCCAUGAAGUUAACACCAAGCAACUACAGGCUCUGGAGCAACCGAGCCCUGUGCCACUCGGCACUGAAGGACUGGGACCUCUGCCGGGAGGAUCGGCUGGCAGCACUCCGGCGCCUGGCUCUGCCGUCGCAGUUGUCUGAGGAGGUCAGGCGGCGGGGAGUCCACAGCGCCAAGGUGCGCCAAGUCCUUGGUGGCCUGCCUGGCAUUCAGGCGGAGGUCGCCAAAUUCUCGGUGCGCAGCGGACCGCGGCGAGGCUUCGUAGGCCGCCUUCUGGAUCCAAAGCUUCCAGUGGAGCGGCGGUGUGUGGUGGUCUACUGCCCCAGCGAGCGGGAUGGCGGCGCAGGAGCGGAGGAGUGCUUGGAACUCUGUCCGGAACUGCUCCCGCUCGGCAUUGCCAUCUUCGCCAUCGACGUGAGCUCGAAUGGGACAAGCCACUGCCUCGAGCAGGACGUGGCAGCGGCCAUCGAGAUGUUGCGGCAAGGCCAUAAGGCCAUCUCGCCUUAUCCUUACAUAGCCCUCUGGGGGCGCUCCGCAGGUGCUGUGGCGGCAUUGGAAGCAGCGAAGGACCCUACACUGGCCGCGAUAGUCUGCGACAGUGCUUACUCUGAUCUGGCAUCCUUGCUGGAAGUGCCGGGGGUGCUGUCAGCUCCGCUGGCGGGCCUAUGCCAGCUAGCAUCUGGAAGCGGGCUACUGGGUCCUGGAACCGAAUCGAGCCCAUCACCUACAGAUCCUAUUCAGUAUGCCAGGUCCUGCUUUGUGCCUGGGCUCUUUUUGCACGCGGCCGAGGAUGAGCUGUUGUCCUCCGAUCACGCGAAGAAUCUGCGACAAGCUCACGGCGGAGAGGCACAGCUCCUGACCAUGAGCCGCACUCGUCACGACUCUUCCCGGCCGAACGAGGCGAUCUCAAGAGCAGCCCUGUUCCUCUCUAGGGCCUUUGGCCUCGAAAACAAGGCGGUGUCCCGCCUGGCACUUUACUUGUCGAGGCUCCAUCCUGAUGAUGCAACGGACAAGAUUGACCAGGAAGCUGCCAAGCUUCUGGCAGCGCAGGAGGUGCAGAAGCGGCGCUGGGGACUGUUGAUGAAAGCUGUGAAUCAUUGCCCCGCAUACCACGGAGCCUCCUUUACACGCGCAAGGGCCCGCGGCGUGAGGCCUUCAUCACCAGCAGGCUCGGACUAUGUGAAGUACGCCAUUCUGGUCACGUUGCCCUCCGCAAGCAGCGAGGUCUGCAUUGCUUGGGCAGCCGAGAUGACGGCAGAGACUGCUGAGAAUCGAAGACUUGGCACAGUCCACUUCGCCAAUAUCUCUUGCUCUUGCCUGAGUUUAACACGGGCUACCGUCCUCGAGGGCGAGACAAGCCAGACGGUCGACUUGGAGGACUUGGCUGUGCAGGAGUCAAGCCUCGUGCCGCGAGAGAAGCCAUACACCAUGCUGCUGGCACUGGCUGACUCCGGCCGGGUCGAGAUGAAGCUCGGCAGCUGCAGUGUGCAGUGGGGUCGCCUCAACCAGGACACUGGUUUCAUCGGCAGCUUGUCCUUGUGGUCUGCCAGCUUCGGUGGCGCGGGGCUGGUUGACUUCAAGGACGAGCUUCUUCCACGACAGCCAGACAGCCGAGGUUGCAAGGAGAAGCUUUCGGGAUCGGAGCCCGAGCACCAUUUCAUCGCUACGAAGCAGGCGCAGGAGACCUCGAAGGCCUCGCUGGAGAGCUUGCCGGGCUCUGCGGCCGAGCUGGCUUGGCACAUAUACAACAAGCAGCAUCACGGAUCGCUUCACAAGGCCAGGCCACCGGAGUUGGAGUUGCCCGGAACGCUCCCCGAUGAGGAUCGCACGGCUCUGCAAUCCUUGGGGAGGCAGUGCCGGGGGCGCAAUUCCAGCGAGCUGUCAGUGCAGAGCGAGCUGUCCGCAGGCACUUUCCUCUCCAAAGCCGCGGACAGCUUGGCCCUGUCCCUCUCGACAGUCCAGAGCGAGGAAGCUGAUGGUCGCCUGGAGGACAUGCUGGAUGAAUGCAGUCAAGCCUCGCUGCACUUCCAGCCUCCUGUGAGAGCAAACACGCAG